GCUGCAGAACCGCGGCUGGAGUCUUGAACGCAGCGCGCUCCGAGUACUACAGUGUCUCCGACUACAGUUACUUUCAUUUUUUCAGCCUGCGCCGCGCUCUCGUCUCGCGAUAGAGCGGCGGAGCGGUUUGACGGGCAGUCGAGGUUGCAGCAGGCAGAGGGAGACGGUGGAAGGUAAAGCAGGGAGGCAGCAUCAUGGCGGACAGAGACAGUGGCAGUGACCACGGAGGGCCCACCGCAGGCCCCGGCUCGCUGCCCCCGGGCGCGAUGGGCGCCAUGUCCCGGCUGCAGCACGACACCGAGGAGCUCGCCUCCAAGCGCGUCGACAUCCAGAACAAGCGCUUCUACCUUGACGUGAAGCAGAAUGUGAAAGGCCGCUUCCUAAAGAUAGCCGAGGUCGGGGCUGGGGGAAACAAGAGCCGCCUCACUCUCUCCAUGUCGGUCGCCGUGGAGUUCCGCGACUACCUCGGGGACUUUAUCGAACAUUACGCCCAGCUGGGCCCGUCCAACCCGGACCUGGUGCAGGAUGAGCCCCGGCGGGCGCUCAAGAGCGAAUUCCUGGUGCGGGAGAAUCGGAAAUAUUACAUGGAUCUGAAAGAGAACCAGAGGGGGCGGUUCCUGAGGAUCCGGCAGACCGUUAAUCGGGGGCCCGGAUUGGGAAGCGCGCAAGGCCAGACCAUCGCUCUGCCGGCGCAGGGGCUCAUCGAGUUCCGCGACGCGCUGGCCAAACUCAUCGACGACUACGGCGUGGACGAGGAGCCGGCGGAGCUCCCGGAGGGAACCUCGCUCACGGUCGACAACAAGCGCUUCUUCUUCGACGUGGGCUCCAACAAGUACGGGGUCUUCAUGCGGGUGAGCGAGGUGAAGCCCACGUACCGGAACUCCAUCACGGUUCCCUGCAAAGUGUGGUCCAAAUUCGGCAACACCUUCUGUAAAUACGCGGACGAGAUGAGGAAGAUCCAGGAGCGGAGUAGAGAGAAGCGGGCCUCCGAACUGCUACCUGAGGGCCCGCACGGCGGGGACGACGGAGACGACGACUGACGAGCAUCUCCAGGAGAGGCUGGUGUGAAACUACCCGAGACCCGAGAACCUGAACUCUGACUUUAAACUGUAAAAUAGAAAGAGAAUCUCCAAGGGAAUCACCCCACACACACACACACACACCCACACACACACACAUGCAUACACGCACACUCUCACACACACAACCUCCACAGACAUGGCAGCAGCCCUGCUGUCUCCUCGCUCAUUUUACUGGAUGUCACCCCACUUAACACCCAUUUAACAGUAAGCCGCUGCUAUCAAGGAUUGAACUGUAAGAUAUGAACUGUUUCCUACUUGAUUCAAAUGACAAUGAACAGAGUGUUUAUAUCUCUAUCAAUGACAAGAUUUUGCACACAUCAAAGCUAUUUCGAGAGAGAGAGAGAGAGAAAAAACUAAUGUUUAAAUGUUUUCAAAACUGGUAAUAUACUAAGAUUUAAUCAAAACAAAACCAGAGGUCUAUUAUGUGGAAAUGUCAGUCUUCAUGUAGAACCAAUAUUUGACAUCAGCACAAAGAGAAUAUAUUAUGGACUUUAAUGAAACCAAAAUCUGAUACCAGAUGUAUAGUUUAUUAUAAAGGUACGCAGAAUAAAUAUGAAAGCGCUCUAAAAGUGUAUGAAUUGCAGAACGCAGCACCACAGGCCUGUAAGCACCUGUCAGCAUGCGUGUAGGCUCGUGUUUGAAAAAGAAGUCGUUGGCAAAGUAGGCUAUAGUCUUUAAUUUGACCUAAAAA